GCAGGUAAAGAAUCCAUAAAUACCAUUGAUUCCAGAGAUUAAGAGAAAAAUACCAGUAGAUUCUUCAUCAACAAAUCGAGUAAUAUACAACAAUGGCUAAGCUUUUUUGUGCUUCACCCAUUUUUAUUGCUGCUUUGCUCCUUCUACUGAUAACUGUAUCGGUUUCUUCUGAGACAAGUCGUAACGCAGUUUGCACAUUUGCCGGCGGAGCCAAAGGAGUGAUACAAGAAGGAAGAUCCAACAAGGGUUGCAAUGGUUGUGCCAAAAACUGCCUUGCAAAAUGUGGGAACAGCAAAUACAGGUUGGUUUACGACCAAUGCGAAUUUAUUGAGGCAGACACAAUGAUAUGCAACUGCUGUUGUAGCGACAAGCAGAAAUCUUAUGUCACUUCAGAUCAGUAAAUUAUCUGACAUGAUAUAAUAGUACCAGGAAGUGGCGCCGGAGGCCAGGAUUAUCUGCGUAUUAUUGUUUAAACUCUUGUAUGUGCAACUAUCUAAUGUUCAAUUGUUGCACUCCCUAGCUAUACGUAUGUGUUUUAAUUUGUUGAUGGGUUACCAUCGAUCUUUCGAUUAAGUUAAAUAAAAGGUAAUGCCGACGUUCA